AUGACCUUGAUGGCAGCUCAUAUGUCGCCGCUACAAACGACUCUACGUCCUCCACGGGUCACGCCCGAACUGAACCCUGGCUCAAAGGCCAAGGAUGGCACAACUAAGAAGAGUAAUUUAGACAAGAUCAAAAAGCUAAUUGAACAGCUCGAAGAUGUGCUUCUUAUGGCUGUCAAUGACAAGGGCGAGGUUCAGGUGCUGGCCUCACCAAAUUUGAAGCAAGUCAAGUGGAAUAUCAUGGGGGAUGCCCGUGAAACCUUCAAAGAAUACAUACAGGACCGUGAUCCUGUAUCCGACCGGAACGUAUCUGAAGCGGCAAGGCUAGAUACCGAACAACCUAGCAAAGUUCGACCACAAGCCAAGAAAUCCACUCACGGGCCUGAAUCGGGUAGCAACCUCUCCGAAGGUUCCAUAAGCUACAUGGCUCAACGUCCCGCGAAGCGACAAAGAUCAAGGACUAUGAUUGAAUCAUCAUGUGCUGGCACGUCCGUCACGAUUCCAGUUCGCCAACCUCGUGAGCGACGUUCCAGGCGCCCGUCUAUGAAUGAAAUGCUUCAGAUCCAGGUUGAUGACCAGGCGCGACUGGAACAAUGGUUCACGGACGCUUUCGUGGAUAUACAACAAGUGGUCUGCAGACUCAUUGCCAAGGUUUGGAUCAAGAAGAUCCAUCCGAAAAAGCAAUCCACGCAUCCUUAUAAUGGACAGAUGCCACGCGAUCAGAUAGCAGAUCCAAACCGAACAAGACCCCCAUACUGGCCAAAGAAUGUCAAACAUAAAGAACCAGACCACAUUGCAAAAGAUGAGAGAGUAAAACUGCUCGUGCACCUGGUUAUGCACACUCCUCAGGCAAUCAUACUCAAUCCUAUAGAUCCUGACAACCAGGAUGAAGUGAGAGCACAGGGUUUAAUCGACUGUCUGGAGGAGAAAAGAGGUGAAAUAAUUGCUGGACCAAAGGGGGAAGCCUGCUGGACGACCGUUCAGCAGGUAAUUGAAACGCGGAAAAUGGUGGAGCAAUUCGAAGCAGGCGAGAUCGAUGGCGACACCCUUCUGUUUCUGCCCAAUAUCAAACUUCGCUUGACACGUGCGCAACAGCUUGACUCUGAGAAGGAAUUGGGCUCUACUGCCGGCCAUGGUCUGCCGGCGGCAAGCGACGAGUCCCCCUCGGAAGACGUGGGUGAUGAUCAAAUGUCCACCCCAGCGUCAUCCACUUUGCAUUCACCAGCCGAGGAUCACCGUGUGGAUGAGCGCCCAUCGCGCAGUAGACCUCAUGCCUCUUCUGCAACGGUCAAUGGUCGAACCCGGCCAGUGAUUGGGGGGCUAAGAGAUCGACCCUCCUGGAAUACCCGGCAACAUCCCUCUAUGACGAUGCCUCGAAGUCCACAAGACAUCCCGCCCGAGAUGGCUCUUGGGAUGGGAAGGUUCGAAUGUAACAUCGAUGCCACAAUGCAAGAUGCAAUGGUUGCAGAGCCUCAAAAUGGGCUCCGACCGGUCCAACUUCACAAUCAACUGAAUUAUGGAAUCAGCCAACAACUGUCGGCCGCCAUUCCAAUGGCUCCAGGUGCAUUUGAUGCUUCUGCCCACGAUGUUGUUCUUGUUGAUCAUCACGCGAUGUCACAUGACAUGAUGCAUGGAAUCUCGCACGGUAUGCCUGUCCAGGAGGAUUUGAAUUAUCAUCAGCCCUGGUUGGCAAUGCUCGACCCUGCCAUGUCACCAAACCCAUCCCACAGCAUGUUUGGUCUACACCAACACAUGCAAAUGCAAGCACAGUUACCACCUCACAAUUACUUCGACACAUCAUCAGCCGAACCAGUUGCUGGGAUGCCACGCUGUAGUCUGCCUUUGAUGACUCCAUCUCCGCCCUAUCAGGUCGUCAAUCAUGGAUCCCGUCGAACAUUACCUGUUCGUGUCAUGAGUGAGCCGCAGCUACAAAUGGUUUCACUCACUGAAGAAGAUCUGGAGUCGAAGGAUGUUGUUGGUUCUUACCAUCACAUGUAG